AUGGACGGGCAGCCCCCGGCGGGCCCCGCCGCGCCGCGCUGGAGGCGGCGAGCGACCCCCCGCCCGCAGCCGCUCGCCUGGAGCAAGCCGCGGCCGCAGUCGUACCAGAGCCCCAGCGGAGUGCUCGUCACCGACUUCCCCGUGGAGGACAGGUGCGCCUUCUCCGUGACUCAGCCCGCCGGCACCGGCACCCCGUCGCCCGGCAGCCCCGCCAUGGGAUCGGUGUCCAACGGGACCGUGCGGCCGCCGGGCUCCCCCGCGCUGUCCCCGGAGCGGCGCUCCCGGGUGCUCGCCCUGGCACCGGACAGCCCCGUCGGUUCGACCGCCAACGGCACCAUCUCCCCGCCGGGCAGCGGGCAGGGCCGCCGGCCGAGGCCGCCCAGGACCGCGGGGCUGCCCGCGCUGGCCCCGCAGCAGGAGCGGAUCGUGUUCGGAGCCAGCGCUCAGCCCGCACCGUGCCCCCGGGCUGCCGAGCCCCCGGAGGUGCCGGGGGGAUCCCCCGGGAGCGGCCGGGCUGCCGAGCCCCCGGAGGUGCCGGGGGGCUCCCCCGGGCGCGGGCCGCCGGCCGUACCGUGCGCGGAGCCCCCCGCGCUGCUGAGCACGCACAGCCCCGCGGCGCGCAGGGUGGGCUCGCAGCAGCUGAUCCCCCGCAGCCUGGCCGAGAGCCGGCCCGCGGGCCGCGCCCAGGGCCACGAGCGGGGCCUCAAGGUGCGCAGCCUGGUGGAGACCCCCCGGCCGCCCCCGGGCAGCGACCCCGAGGACGAGCCCGAGGGCGGCCCGGGCGCCCUGCGGCGCGGGCUGCGCUCCACGUCCUACCGCCGGGCCGUGGUCAGCGGCGUGGACCUGGACGGCUCCGCCAACUGCAAGAAGAAAAACAGAAUGUCCCAGCCCAUCCUGAAAGCGGUGGUUGAAGAUAAAGAGAAGUUCUCGAGCCUGGGGAGGAUAAAGAAGAUGCUGAAAGGACAAGGGACAUUCGAUGGGGAAGAAAAUGCUGUAUUAUAUCAGAACUAUAAGGAAAAAGCUCUGGACAUAGAUUCUGAUGAAGAGUCUGAGCCCCAAGAGCAGAAGUUGGAUGACAAGGUUGUUUUUCACUAUAAGCCCCUGAGGUCAACGUGGAGCCAGCUCUCUGUGGUGAAGAAGAAUGGCCUGUCAGAAGCCAUCAGCCAGGAGGAAAGGAAGAGACAGGAGGCAAUAUUUGAGGUGAUAUCUUCUGAGCACUCCUAUUUGCUGAGCCUGGAGAUUCUGAUCCGGAUGUUUAAAAAUUCCAGGGAACUGAGCCUCACAAUGACCAAAACAGAGAGCCACCACCUCUUCUCCAACAUCACGGAUGUUUAUGAAGCAAGCAAAAAGUUCUUUGAAGAACUGGAGGCCAGGCACCAGAACAACAUUUUCAUCGAGGACAUCAGCGACAUCGUGGCGAGGCACGCGGGCUCCACCUUCGACCCCUACGUGAAGUACUGCACCAACGAGGUGUACCAGCAGCGUACCCUGCAGAGACUGCUAGCCACAAACCCAGCCUUUAAGGAGGUGCUGUCCCGGAUCGAGUCCCACGAGGAUUGCCGGAACCUGCCCAUGAUCUCCUUCCUCAUCCUCCCCAUGCAGAGAGUCACUCGUCUGCCCUUGCUGAUGGAUACUAUUUGCCAGAAAACCCCAAAAGAUUCAGCAAAAUACGAGAACUGCAAGCAGGCUCUGAAAGAAGUCAGCAAGCUCGUGCGUCUGUGCAACGAGGGCGCCCGCAAGAUGGAGAGGACGGAGAUGAUGUACACCAUUAACUCCCAGCUGGAGUUCAAAAUCAAGCCAUUUCCAUUGGUUUCCUCUUCUCGGUGGUUGGUGAAAAGGGGUGAAUUAACAGCAUAUGUAGAAGACACUGGACUUUUUUCCAAAAGAACCUCUAAGCAGCAGGUGUACUUUUUCCUCUUCAAUGAUGUCCUCAUCAUCACCAAGAAGAAGAGUGAGGAGAGUUACAACGUGACCGAGUACUCGCUGCGGGAGCAGCUGCUGGUGCUGCCCUGUGACGGGGAGGAGCCCGGCCCCGGCUCCUCUCCCGGGAAGAGCCCGGCGGGGAUGCUGCACUCCGGCAGGAGCUCUGCAUCCCACCUCUUCAGGCUCGUGCUGCUCAGCAACCACGCCGGGGACAGGGUGGAGAUGCUCCUGGGAGCAGAGACUCAGAGCGACAGAGCCCGCUGGAUCAGGGCGCUGGGCCAGGACAGCGACGGGCAGCACACGGACAGGACCACACUGGCUCAGGUGGAGACCAUCAGAACCUACACAGCCAAGCAGGCCGAUGAGCUCUCUCUGCAAGUCGCUGAUGUCGUUCUGGUUUAUCAAAAAGUGAAUGACGGCUGGUACGAGGGGGAGCGGCUGCGGGACGGCCAGAGGGGCUGGUUCCCCUCGGAGUGUGCCAGGGAGAUCACCUGCAGGGCCACCCUGGACAAGAACAUGGAGCGCAUGGGGCGCCUGCUGGGGCUGGAAACCAACGUGUAGCCUGCUCCUCAGGCCCAGCUGGGGGCUGCUCUGGGACAGGGGACACAGAGCCACAGCCCAGCAGCAGCACGCUGGAGACUCAGGAUCCCUGCUCUGAGAGCUCCGAGCUGAGCCCUGGCCCCAGCAGCAGCACCUUGCAGCAUUGUCCUGGGCACUCUUGCAGCUCCUGCCUCCUUUUGCCCUUGCUCCAUCUGGUUUUGAGCAUCUGAAGCUGUUUUCAGCAGUCUGGGUGUCCUGCUCCUGAGGAGCUGCAGCCCCAGACCCUGUGCCAUGGGACACUUGCCCUCGUGCCAGCAGCCAUGGCCCCUGAACUCGAGUGCCAGCUCUGCCCUCUGUAAAGGCUGACCUACCUCUCCAGGGCAGAUGCAGGGCUGGCCCUGGCCUGGCACAGGCAGAGCUGGCACCACCUCGUGAGGACUCUGCAGCUGCACCUCCGUGAGGCUGCUCAGACUGCUCCAAGUUCUGCUGUGGGCAAAGGAUUCCUGCAAGCCAGAAGAAGGUACCAGCCUCUGCAGAGCAGGUGCUGCUGCUCCAUCCUAGCACAGGGAUUUUACUGCACAGUAACUGCUGGCAGUGGGGGCAGUUUCUGGUUUCCUCAGCUGUCGACUGAGGUCCUGCACUUGCCUUAGUGCUUCAGAACAGCACUCAGGUGAUGGGGAGAAGGUGAACUGCACUCCCUGCUCUGGAACACAUGCACUCGUGGCUGAGCAGAGUUCAGGGCAGGUGGCUGGAGAGAGGUGUGAGUGUGGAUGAGAAAAACCCUCCCUUUCAAGGACCAGCUGCUGCCUCAGCAGUGUAGAAACUUGUACUACCAAGGCUUUCUUCCUGUUGCCUUCCCCAGCCUCUGCUGGUUUUUAUCCUGCACGAUGCUGAUUUGAGGGGUGAGUGAAUUGAGUGUUUGUAAAGAUGUGUAGCUCUAAUAAUUUAAACUACAUUAGCAAGGCAGUAAUUUUGUACAAAAAUACUUACCUGGACAGUGUGACAGUGGUUAUACAGCCCUGCAAAUUAAUUUAUAAGUGGACUGAUAAAAUAGUAAUGAAACUGUAAAUUGAACAAAGACUUAUUUAACAUAGUAAAAACACUGCUACUGUUUUAACAAAUUUUACUGUAUACGUGUGGAUGUUUAACACAUAACUGAAUGUAUAAAUCCAGGCAUUAAUUUUAUUCAGAUUUUUUUAAUGCACUGUAUAUAUUUUUCAUACCUAGUUUUUCCAAAAAUGCUGUAAUGUUUUGUAAAGACAUUUUUCAUUUUUUCCUAUUGUUGGACACAAUUCUUCAGGAAUUAAAAGACUUCUAUGAUUUUAUAGGACAACAAUCAAUAAAGUGUUUUUAAAUCCUUACUAAAAAAAGUCUUGAUUUUGUUUUAAAUGCCAUAAAGCCACCAGGUGAUAAUGAUGUCAUUUUUGUCAGAGAAAGGAAAUCUCUUCAGUAGACAUUAGCAUUUUAGAUUUUCAUGUUCUGUAAAUAUAAAUAGCACAAUCUUGUGUCCUACCUCAUCUGUCAUAGAUGCCAUUUACCUGUUGGACUUGGAGCAGUGGCCUGGGACAGCCUCUCAUUGCUGAGACACCAUGAAGAGGGAGAUGAGAAAAGUCUUCAGUUCCCUCUGCUUCGUGUAGUUUGGCACAGUUCAGCUGGAGGGGACCUGCAGCCCUGUGCAGUCCAACCCCCUCAGGGCUGACCCAGUGUUAAAUCCUGUUCCUGAGUGUUCUUAACACCCUCAGACCUGGGGCAUCACCACCUCUCCAAGGCCUGUUCCAGGCUCUGUGCAUUCCCCCAGAGAAGCUCUGCUUCCUUGUGUCCAGUCCAAACUCACCUUUAAAUGCCAACUCCCCAGCCUCCUGUUCCUGGCUGGGAGCUCAGCCACUGCACACUGUUUUCAUUAGCAAAAAAAAAAAAAAAAAAAAAAAAAAAAGAGUCAUUUUUAGCCCUGACUUCUCUACUAGCACUGCUGUUGCAAAGGAAAUAGUCUGAAAACUCAAGCCCUGCACUUCAAACACACACAGACACACUCUCCUUUUUAACUGGAGGUGGGCUUGGCACCAGUACCUCCUUUUUAAUUAGAAGCUGAGCAGUGACAGAUGUUUGUUACUGUACCAUCAGCUCUCAUUUCUGCAGGGCAUGGAAUGUGUGUCCCCUUCCUCCUAUAACCUCCCUGAUCAGGAAGCAAGCUGCCAAUAAAAGGCUCUCAGUGGCCCAAAUGAAGUCUCCAAGUGAGCUGAGGUGCUUCGUGUGCCUGGUGGCUCCACAGGGGCACCUGGUCAGAAAUCAGUGCCCACCUGAGCUGAACCUGGCCCAGCCUCUCUGCAGUCACUGCACACCUAAGAACAGCUCCUAAGAACAUUCUUGGUGCUGUCUCUGCUGCUGCUGUAUGCCAGCCCUGCAACAUAACAAACAACAUCUGCUGACCUUUAACAAAUGCUGUACUGCAGUGUUGUUCGUGACUUCCACAGCAAAGAGAACAUUUGUUUCCACCAUGCAAAGCUAAUUUGCUGAAAAUAAAAAGGUAAAAAAAGCACAACUUUAGUCACCCUACACACGCUCAGAAUGCACCAUCUGCUCAGCAUCACACUCACAGGCACAUACCUUAAAUCCUGGAUCAACAAAAUAUUCACAAAAGUUCUUGGGUUUCCCAGGUGUAUUUUGUUUCUAAAAUAACACACAGAGGCAAAUCAAGUGGCUAGAACACAAGUGCUGGAAAUAAACAGUAAAUCCUGGCACCAAGGUUGAGGAACUCUAAGGCUUUAUCUGCUGUGAUCUGCAAAUGAUUUUCAAAGGCUGUAUCAAAACUUCAUCAUUGAGGCAAACUGGAGAUAACAUGAAGGUCAGGCAGAAUUUACUACGUCACUGAAUUGCUACAUUCCAUAACCCAGACUUCUAGAAGGUGCUGGAAACUAAGACAGAAGCAGACUUCAUUAAAUACAUGACCCUGACCACUCUUUGUCUCGAGCUGGCUGUUUAAAAACCAGGUUACAAACCUUCCAUCACUAUCACCUCUUCCACAUCCCAAAAUACCCUGACGUGGCCGUCCCCCCCAGAACGCGCCCGGCCCCCGGCCCUCUCUGCCCCUGCUCAGCCUCCCCCGUCCUGGGGCAGGGUGAUUCUCCUCCUCGGCCUCCUCAGUUACAACACCUGGGGGUGGAACAGUCAGGUGGUGCUGGGGAGGGAGGUUAAACGAUGUCUUUGGUGCCGCUGGCAGUGGCAAUGAGGAGCUUGGCACCCUCCAUCCCUUGUU